CUGUUAAUAUUUAGUCAGCAUUUCCAAUAAAGUUAGCUUCCUCAGAUCAAAAGCUUUUACAUAGGACCUACAUGGGAACCAAACAGCUAUCCAUGGAAUAUUAGAAUCUGACUUCCUACAAUCUCCUAUUUUUUUGUGUCUCACACGAAAUUAAUGAGAGAUGCAGAAUUCUAAGGCUAAGUAGCUAGAAGAUACUGAGUCAAACGUGAUCUCUCAAGAGAGUGUGGGGGCAACCCUAAUUAUCAGAGGAAGAAACAUCCAAAGGGCGACCAAAGCCAAAUGUUUUCCACAGAAGUCCUCCUUCUGGCUGUUCUGAUUUCUCCUGCACUGGCUGGACCAUGGGCUACUAUAUGUGCUGGCAAGUCUUCCAAUGAGAUCAGGAUGUGUGACAGCCAUGGCUGUGGCCAGUACACUGCUCAAAGAAAUCAUAGGCUUCACCAGGGUGUGGAUGUCUUGUGCUCAGAUGGAUCUACUGUGUAUGCACCUUUCACCGGAAUGAUUGUGGGCCAGGAGAAACCUUUUAAAAACAAAAAUGCCAUCAAUAAUGGUGUUCGGAUCUCUGGAAGAGGUUUCUGUGUUAGAAUGUUCUACAUUAAGCCAAUUAAGUAUAAAGGUUCUAUCAAGAAGGGAGAAAAACUGGGAAUUCUACUGCCCUUGCAGAAAGUUUAUCCUGGCAUACAAUCUCACAUACAUAUUGAAAACUGUGACUUGAGUGAUCCUACUGUGUACCUAUAAAUGGAAGACAAAUAACCAGAUCUUCUAAAUAGAAAGCCAUCUUCUUAAAACCUGGGUGUAUAUCCUGCUUUUCAAGUAAUUUGUUUUCAAAAAGAAACAUGAUUAAUGCAAGAAAGAAAAAAGGAUUUUAAUUUC